AUGUCGUCAUUAACGCAAGUUCAGUUAGAUUUAUCAUCGAAGAUCGAUCAUACGCUGCUGAAACCAGAUUCAACCGAUGAUCAAAUUAUUACUCUAUGUUCUCAAGCUAUUCAAUAUCAAUUUGCAAGUGUUUGUAUUCAACCAACGUAUGUUCAAUUAGCUCAUGAACAUUUAAAACAACAAGAACAAUCAUCAAAAGUAAAAGUGUGUACAGUAAUUGGAUUUCCUUUAGGUUCAAACACAACAGAGACAAAACUAUUUGAAUGUCAACAAGCUAUAGAUCAAGGAGCAGAAGAAAUUGAUAUGGUUAUUAAUAUUGGAAAAGUAAAAUCAAAACAUUGGAAUUAUCUUGAACAAGAAAUUAAACAGAUAAAAGAUAAAUGCAAAAAUUUAGUAUUGAAAGUCAUUAUAGAAACCUGUUUAUUAACACGUGAAGAAAAAAUUCAACUAUGUCAAAUUGUAACACGAUGUCACGCAGAUUAUAUAAAAACAUCUACAGGAUUUUCAACUGGUGGUGCAACUCUUGACGAUAUUAAAUUGAUGCGAGAAUAUUGUGGUGAAAAUGUAAAAAUAAAAGCAUCCGGUGGAAUUCGUGAUAUUAAAUUUGCUAAUGAAUUAAUUGAUGCGGGAGCAACACGAUUAGGUUAUAGUUAUUCGGAUACCAGUUAUAUUCCUUCUCCAGCAAUGUCCAAUCAAAAUCCAAGUACACCAACGACAAUGCAAAGUAUGGGACAAAAUUCAAAUUAUUCAAGUUCAGGUGGAGAUUCAUCGACAUCGUUUAGUCCUGGGCCAGUAAUGUCUACUAGUAAUAUGCCUACACAAUUUACAAGUGGUGCAGCAUCAUCCGCUAGUAAUUCAAACACAAAUACAGGAAAUAAUAAUCAAGCAAAUAAUGGCAAUAUUGCAUCAUCGAAAUAUUGCUGUGCUAUUUGUGGUGACAAGGCAUCAGGAAAACAUUAUGGAGUACACAGCUGUGAAGGUUGCAAAGGUUUCUUCAAGCGAACUGUUCGUAAAGAUUUAACUUAUACAUGUCGUGAUAAUCGUGAAUGUAUCAUCGAUAAAAGGCAACGCAACCGAUGUCAAUAUUGUCGAUACCAAAAAUGUUUGUCUGUUGGUAUGAAAAAAGAAGGUAUGUCAUUUUUGAUUAGAUAACGUUAUUUAAUAAAAAAGAAAAUUUUUUUUUAGUAUUCCUAGCAUCUUUUCUUAGUUGGAAAAGUACGCAUUUUUUUUUAUUCUUAUUAUUUCAAUAUGAGCUGCUCUAACGAAAUUUGUUCUCUGAGAUAAAAGUGGGUAGGAAAUAUAACGAGAAAUAAAAAAGACUGUUUCAAUUGGUCAAUACGUUAUGAGAGCUUAUCUUUAACAUAGAAGAUUACAUCGUUACUAAUUUGAAAAUUGAAACUAAUUUCAACAAUGAUGUUGAAUUUAUUUUUUACUAGUUUUUUAACUAUGCUCUUUACAUCAAACUAAUAAAUUAAUUUUUGUCUAGUUAUGUUAGUAGAAAUAUGUUUUGAUCAAUUUGCUUUAUUUUUCAUCCUCAACGAUAUAAAAAUUUUAUGAAUUUAUUUAUAUGACAAACGUUUCGACCUCUUUUAUUCAGACCUUCGACAGUGAUAAGAUAUUAGGAAAAUACUAUUUGUACGAGAAUAAUGAAUAGUUCACAAGACGGCAGAUACAGUGCUGGGCGAGUCAAGCUAUUUUUCGAGUCGAGUCGAGUCGAGUCCGAGUCAUUUCAUAGCGAUUUCGAGUCGAGUCGAGUCGAGUCAAUAUUAUUUUUCUAUUUUUUUCCGAGUACUGUUUAUUUUUAUAGAGAACGUUAACUACAACUUUUCGAUAUUCGUUAUCUAUUUCUUAAUUUUACAUAUAUAUAUACUCUAAUUAAUUAUAUGUUCUUCACAUUUAUUCUACUUUUGUCUGACGAAGG